AAGCAUCAUCUAAUUCUUACACAAAGACAAAAAAAUGGACGAACUACAAGAAGAGGAAAAAGAUCAAGUAGUCAAAAUGAAGGAUAUUAAAGCUCCAACGACAUUACCUGCAUCGCCUGACAGUCUGGCGUCCUGGACGGCGGUAGCGGAGGAUGUAAUGGAAGACAUGGAACAAGAAGGAGACAACCACGAAGACGUACUAGAUGGUGAAAAUAAUCUCGACAUGGAACAAGAAGGAGAGGACAACCACGAAGACGUACUAGAUGCUCAAAAUAUUCUCGAUAUGGAACAAGAAGGAGAGGACAACCACGAAGACGUACUAGAUGCUAAAAAUAAUCUCGACAUGGAACAAGAAGGAGAGAACCACGAAGACGUACUAGAUGGUCCUCAAAAUAAUCUCGACGCCGAAGUAGAUAUUAAGGUGGAUACGCAAAAACACGUACAUGAAGAAACUUCGACUUCCUGUCGUGUGGGACGGGAUCUGGACAACGAUGCUGAAUUAGAGAUGAACAAUGGCGACGAUAAUAUCACCGACCCACACCCACCGGAGGCUGUAGGCGAGGAAGAGGAGAAUACUCGGAAUGGGCACCAGGUUGCUGACGUCGAAACAGAAGAUAAGCCCUUGUUAUUCUUGGAUCCAACCUCUUCAAAACUAGGUGACAACAUGCCGCCUGAUGCCGGAAGCAUCCCAGCUGCAUCUUCCUCGUCCACUCCGCCUGCAAAACCAGAGGCUGCUGAAGGUGCAACAGCAGAAGCUGACGCAGAGCAGGACAGCAAGCACGACUCAGAAGCGACCACAUCUCCUGAAGCGGGAACGGUUGUGGCGACAUCUCCACCGGUCGUGGAUGACAACGUUGCUGCUACUCCACCAGGUGUGGUAGAUGACCACGUGGUCAAAGGGCAGGGAAUCCACCUCCAUAGUACUCGUCCCGAAGGAGAUCACGUCGUGGUCAAAGGGCAGGGAAUCCAUCUCCAUAGUACUCGUCCCGAAGGAGAUAAAGCUUCGUGUGCUCGAACAAGGGAAAAGCUUGUCCGAUUCGCUUUGGAUAAAGAAGAAGAGAUCAGGAGUCAGUUAGCUGCAGCAUAUCAUGGGUCCUCUGGGGGCUGUAUCGCUAGAUGUAUAGCUCCACUGGUGGGACCAGCACUGGGAUCACAACAAGCUGUUAUAUCAACAUCCUCUGCUUCCAGUAAAAAUGGCAGCGAAGUCGAUCUUCUUCAUGCCAUAGAGGCCGAAUGGCUAGAAGUUCUUAGUAUUUGGGUUACUACGGCAGCACAGAGGGUGGCCGCAGAGUAUAGGAGUUGUUCUAGCGAACGUGAGGAGUUGGAAAAAGAGCAUUUGCGCAGCCCGCAUGAAGCGCUGCGCGACGCUUUAUCUGAAUUGGUAUCCAGGUUCCCGAAAAAUACCGAUCAUGUUGGGGUCGCAGACGAGCAGCCAGAUGUUUCAUCGUGUCAUAUUGAAGAUUAUCAUCAUGCAACAAGCUUGCAGGACGACUGCGAGGUCGUAGAAGCUGGGAAAAAAGAUCAACGUGGAGGGCCACCUAGUGCUCCUAGUGCUCCGGCAGCGGCUUCAUCUUCUUCAAGGAGUAACGAUAAUGUUGAGUCUUACACUUACAACACGACAACGACAACGACUAGUAGAACUUUCCGGCCACCACAGCAUGAGGAAAUGCCUGACGCGAGGACUCCACGAUUACGAAUUGCGAAUGAGGAGGACAAAAGAAACGACCAGGUCGUCACGAAAUGGAUAGAAAUCACGCCGGAGAAUAAGAGAAUUGACUGCGAAGAUAAAGGUAGUAGCACCAUGGAAGAUUUUGUCUUCGAUGAAUAUGCAGAGCUGCCGUUGGAUGGCAAGAUGGUCGUGGAUGCUUCAAUUAAGGCUCAGCUUUCAAUGGUCAUUGGGGUUGGUCACUGAGAUCGAAGAGGCGACCCCUUGAGAGAACAGGCGAAAACGAAGGGAAAGGGGAGAGCUUUGGAGGGGGUCCCUUCCGUUCAGAGUCAUGAUGACCAAUGAAUGCUGAGCUUUAAUUCAAACACAGGACCACACGACUCUGCAUACAACGGACCAAACGACUCUGCAUACAAGACUUCAGCACAAACACUUUUACCGUCCUGGCUGCGUCGCAAUCUAAAGAAGCAUGGACUGGCCACCCCCAUGCUUGUGCAACGCUAUGCCAUCCCUCCUGCUCUGGCCUCGCAUGAUGUGACUGGCGUAGCCAAAACUGGCAUUAAGGCUCGCGUUUGAAGACACAGGAUAGUUAGAUAGCGUUAGGGGGGGGCAGGCGCAGCCUCAGCCUCAGUUUCCUUUUUCUUGGAUUCUGUGGACACAAAAAAUAUGAUCGACGAUGAAGAUGAACUAUUUUUGCUAGCUCCUCUAAUGCUAGUGGAAAGACGUUUGCUUUUUUGAUACCCGCUCUGUGCUACUUGUACAAAAAUUGGGGUCACAUGGCUUUGAUUUGCGCACCAACGCGCGAGUUGGCACAACAAAUCAACACGGAAUUCGAGAAAAUAGCGAAGGGGUCGCAAAUGUACUAUAGGUUUUUUUUUUGCGUUUGAAUUUCAUUGUCAGACGAGGUAGUACUAGAUGUAGAAGAAUGUAGUUUUCCCGAAUGUGAAUCUUUCCUCAAGAACACCUUUCUUCAGCUAUUCCGUUUGUUUAGUCGGUGGCGAGCGAACACGACGUGACCAGGAGUACGCUCUACCAUGGGCCAAAGUCGUAGUUGGAACUUGCGGACGACUCCGAGACUUUCUCUUCACAACUAACGGCACGAAAUUGGAUGUCACAAAGUGCGGCUUUCUAGCCAUAGACGAAGCAGAUAAAAUGCUCGAAGAGGGCUUUCAGGAGACACUUAUGGCCGAGUUCCUUUCAGGCGGGUGAGAAUUAACGAAAAGGUAAUCUUGUUUCACCCUCAGUAUUGGGGUGGAGGUGACUCCUUUUGCUACGUAAGUAGCUACUCUAAAUCUUCUACAUCAGGCACUUCUACUUCUAAGUUGUACAACUUCAUCUACUUCUACCUCUACGUCUACUUCUGCCUCUACCUCUAUGCGACAUGAUAAUAAUUCCUGCCGCUUUUACUUCUUCUAAUUCCUUCUUCGAAAUCGUCUCUCGCAUCCGCAUCCCCUAUCAGACUAUGUUCUUCUCUGCCACCUGGCCAAAACAUGUAGAAGGCCUUGCCAGUGCUCUCCUUUGCGAUCACGUUGCGGGACGACGAGAAGGGCAAAAACAGCUUUUGUUGAAUUAUGGAGAGUGCAGAAGUUAGUUUUUACUUAACGACCUACUCCUACAAUCUAGUCCCGUCAGAUCAUUAUAUUUAGUGCUAGUCCAAUCAGAUCAUUAUAGAGACUCUCUUGUAGAAGUUUCAGUUUCUGUGUACAACUCAACUAGCUUCUACUUUCGAUUCAUUUCUAACAUGAAGUAGAACAAGACGAAGGGGUCGACCUGACCGUAGACGAACGGAUUCAGCAACAGGUUGUGGUGUGGGAGGACGAUUAUGGCAGUAGGGAUCUCCAGAAGAGGCGCCACAUGUGCAGCUACGUGAGCAGUGAGUUCGAGAAAAAUCCUGAAAGCAAGAUGGUUUUGUUCAUGAACGCAAAACGGGACGUGCAAAGCGUAGUGGAGAUGCUCGCGGAGUACGGACCCGAUGUCAAAGUGGUCAAUAUUAGCGGAGGUACUCUCUCAAGUCUCACCAACUAAAAAAAAUGAUGUUGGUCUUCUACCUAAGACUUCGUGACUAUCGACGUUAUGGUCUUAUUUUUACUUACAACUGUAGUUAAGUACUCCUUAUAAAUAUAUAAGUACAUAGAUUCUCAUACUCUUGAAGAUGAAGCCUGGAAGAUGAAGCCCGUAAGAAAGUCGUGAGUUUCUAUUUCUAUCUUCAUGAAGAAGAACACUACCGUUUCAAUUUCACCUAAGUGUAGUAAGUAUAGUUGAAAACACUACAUUCAAGACUCUGCUUCGAUAUUGAUGAGCCCACAAUUACCUCAUGGAGGAGUUCACAAUUUUUAGGCACUUCUGUGUCCUUGAUAUAGUUUAGUCUCCCAGAUAGUACAUGUAAGACUAGGUGAGACUCAUGCUAUGCUACACUACAUUCAGACUUUGUCUCUACGGGUGUUAGGAGCGACACUAUCAGGGGCAUACUAUGACAUGACAUGUGACACAUGACAGAUCUGAACCAAUGGCAGCGUUCCCAGGCCUUGUGGGAAUUCAGCAAUGGCGAAGCGCGCAUCAUGGUAGCCACUGACGUCUUAGCGCGUGGUGUAGACGUUUCUGGCAUCACGCAUGUGAUCAUCUAUGAAUUUCAAACCUUGGAGAAUUAUGUCCAUCGCAUUGGGCGUACUGCGAGAGGCCGUGACGCGAAAGGGAAAGCAUUGAUAUAUUUUUCGUAUUAUGCGAAAAUGCCAGAGAAUGCGAAAGGGUUGAUUGGGUAAUUUUCUUUAUACUCAGUUUUUCAUUUUUAUUUGCGGUUGCCUGUUUUUACUGUCCUUACUUCUAUCUCGGAAGAUUACAACUACGUACAACACAGAGAUGAAUCAAUCCAUCUACCCGUAGGUUUAGCCCUUCAAACAAUUAUCCAUGUUCGCAAAAACUACAGUAUGCUUCGCAGUGCGAACCAAGUGGUCCCUUCUGCGCUACAGCAAAUCGCGGAUGACGUUGAGAGUGGAGCCAAGAAGACGGAGAUUUGGCACAAUCGGCCAAAGUCGUGGUGGAUGCAGCAAUGGGACCUACUAGCUAAAAACGCUGAAGCCGGAUGCUCUUGGCGUGAUUUGGUUCCAGAAUUGAACGAGGAUGGGAGCUUCAUUAUGGAUUGGAUCUUGGAAUGCUGGGUCUGGGAAGAGUAGAAAGAGAAGAUGCUGGAGUUCUUUGUGCUUGUUGUAUUUGUCCCUGAUGAACAACAAUGAGUGCUGAUCCGAGCCCUCCAAGGGUUGGGACUCUGAUGGAGGCGCUUGUCGAGUCCCCACUUCGCUAUCCUUGGGAGAGGAGUCCCGCUCCGCGGGUUCACUGCCAAGCCAUCGGAAUGGCCCCAGCGGUCCCGCAGGGGUUGGGCGCUGUUAGGCUAGCAAAAUUUAUAUGAAAAACUGACGUGGUGGUGCAACGAGAAAAGUCCUGGUCUAAAGUUUGCGCUUGUAUUUGUCCCUGAUGAAGAAUAUGCGUGCUAGAUAGUGACUUUCUUCACCUACUUGUUAAGCUCCUAGGAGAGUUUAGUAGAAGCAAUGCCCGCUCCUAGGAGAGUUUAGAAGUAGAAACUCUGAUUGACUUCUAAUCCUUCGAACGACAGUAAAGGACUGAAAAAUCCUAUGCCGCGUCCAGGAGGAGACCCUCAGCAAAACAGUAAACAGCACGAUUCGUCCCGUAGAGAUGGAGGAAAAUGGGACGACAACUACAAUAAAGGAAGUAGAGAAGAGCGAGGCCGGAACGAUGACUGGUCUUCAUGGAACCGAGGCAACUGGUGGAGUACAAAUGUUAAGGCUCAACUUUCAAUGCUCAUUGGGGUUGGUCACUGAGAUCGAAGAGGCGACCCCUUGAGAGAACAGGCGAAAACGAAGGGAAAGGGGAGAGCUUUGAAGGGGGUCGCUUCCGUUCAGAGUCAGUGACCAAUGAAUGCUGCGCUCUAAAAAUGACAAGUGGGAGAAUUCAAAAGAUGACAAGUGGGAGAAUUCAAAAGAUGACAAAUGGAACAAUUGGAAGGAUUACACAAAGGAUGAUACUUCCGGAGGUCGUCGAUGGGAGGACCGAAACUCGUCAUCAUGGUGGAAAAACUAUGACGACAAGAACGAUGAGGGGGAUAACAGGCAUAAGAAAAAGUCGUGGGACGAGCAGCGUGAUCAAGAUGCAGAGACGCGCAAUACUUCCUCCAGUACUAUACUUACAUCUAGAGUUCUCGGAUUUGCACUACCACUACGUAUCUAUACGUUGUACAAAACGUACUCAUUAAAUCAUUUAAUCUUCUGCUUCUAAUUAUACAAAUACCUACAACUAGCGAGACCACUUCUUCUAGGGCUUUAAGGUCCUCCACCUCUUCACCAAUGACACCAUCCAGACUCGUCGUCCUCGUCUCGCAGUGUAAUGGAUGCGGUGGCUGGUAGGCGAGAAGAGACUGGUGCUACUCGAGGUCGUACCGAUUAUACCACAGGAGCUUCUUCUUCCUCUUCGACUUCAGGAGAAAGACAGACACCCUUGACGUCUCGAACAGUUGUGCAAAAAAUUGGAGAUUUAGAGAUAGCACAGUCUAGGACGGAGAGUGUCAGGAUUGUACAUCAAUGAGCAGCUAUAAGCGUUUUGCGGCAUCGCGGAGGAUAGCGAAUCAUGUUUUUGAAGUAGAAAGGAAGUAGAGAAGAGGGUAUCCAAAAGUCACGUAAUCACGAAAAACUGACUUCAUGAAAAUUUCCAAUGAACAGUCAUGUUCUUGAUGAUAUUUGGACCUGUCGGUCCCUCACCCUGAUUCAACAAUUCUAAGAAAUGAAGAACUUUCAUUCAUAGUUUACAAAAGACAGACACCCCCACAAACUACAAUAAUUAAGAUGUUAGGAUGCUCAUGUAUUGAUGAAGUAGUAAAACCUAUUGUUGAAUUUGAUUUUGCUCGUUGAUGAUCGCAAUGAUUUGCCUGACGAGAGUAGAUUAUCAAUGACAGUUUAUUAGCAUAUAGGACAUAUCAUACCCAAAAUCGAGUGACAUCAGGUUUACUAGUUUGAAAAUUGAUGAUCGAUCAGAAUCCCCGCAACGGCCACAUAGAUAUUACCACGACGCGCAUUUUCAAGUUCUUGUUCGUACAACAGACAUAGCGAAAGAAUAUUUUCAUCCUUUAUCCUGUACAACAACUACAUUGCUUAUAUGGUCAUAGUCAAGGACCCUCUAAUCCCACGCAUUUUCCACCUCAAUCUUGAUUGACCCACCAGCUCCAGCACAAUUAUCACUGACAGAAGGAGAAGUUACUACUACAAUUAAGAUUCGCUAAUGAGGGACCACUACAUCGGGC